AUGACGAGAAAAAGUCAACAGCAAGCUAACAAUGAACUAAAAAGGAUCGGAUUAACGCGCGCGCGUGCAGCACGAGACGUCGCGUUACGGUCAAUUAAUAAAAUAUUACACAUUGCUAAUGAUGCCGUAAUUAAUCCCGAAAAUCGUCCUACAUUAGAAGCUCGAAUUAUAUCGUUAGAUCAACUUGUCAUUACUUUCAAUAAUGAACAAAAACAAAUUUUGUCAGUACUUGCUGAGACCGACGAAAUAGACGAGUUUAUACGAAUAGAUGAGAAUGUAACCGAAACAAUGCAAUCAGUGUGUGAUCAAAUUAAUGUGAUAGUAGCAAAGUUAAAACCGAAUAAUCCGAUAGCCACUCCGCGCAAUAAUAAUAGUCAGACUUCUGUACAAUCACUUGUCUUACCAAGAAUAGAAAUUCCUAAAUUUGAUGGAAAUAUCAUUGAAUGGUGUUCCUUCCGUGAUAUGUUUACUUCUUUGGUGCACGUCAAUGAACAUUACACGGACAUUGAGCGUUUUCAUUACCUGUUGUGUUAUUUAUUAGGUCCAGCGUUAACAGUAGUAAAAGCAGUGCCCCUUACAGCCGACAAUUAUGCUAUUGCUUGGAACGCUCUUAAAGACCGGUACGACAAUAAACGCUUAUUAAUUACUGCGCACAUUGAAAAAUUAUUUGCAUUUGCGCCGCUAACAAAAGAAUCUCCGGCUUCACUUUCAUUGUUCGUCAACACUUUUCGGGAAAAUGUAUCAGCCAUACAAGCUCUUGGAGUUAGUGACGUUGCUGGUUUCCUACUAUUCUACAUCGGUUCACGGGUUAUUGAUCCCAUGACACGACAAUUAUUUGAAUCUACUAUUGCCAAAAAUCAAAUACCUGACUUGAAUUCAUUAUUAGAAUUUGUAUCACAAAGAUGUAACGUCUUGGAAAACGUUGGCAGUGGUUAUGGUAUUAGUUGUGCGGGAAAUAAUGGAGAGGCAUUAGGAAAAACAACUAAUAAGAAGAUCCAGGGCAAGAAGUUCGAGAAGACAUCACUAGCUGCAGUCACCCCCGCGAAGUCAAAAAAGUGUUUGUUUUGUGGACAUCCACAUUUAAUAUAUAAAUGUUUUGGAUUUCGAAAACAACCAACUGGCAGCCGCCGUGAUUUUGUUAGUAAAAAUCAAUUAUGUUUCGUUUGUUUAAACAGCGGACACAUGAGUAAUGCGUGUCCUACGUCGUAUACGUGCCGUACUUGUUCAGGUAGACAUAGUACACUACUACACCUGACAAAUGAUACAACAAAAUCGAGUACGGGUAAGACAAACGACAAUUCCGAACGAUCUACUACAAGUUGUAGUACAGCACAGUUUUCUGGCAUAACACGUACUGAAACCACUGUCUUAUUAGGAACCGUCGUGGUUAGAGUUCGCGACAAUACAGGAUCCUUACAAGCAGUCAGGGCAGUAUUAGAUAGUGGAUCGCAGGUGUCCGCCAUGACAGUAGAUUGUGUCAACAGAUUAGGUUUGACUCGGAGGAAAUGUCCUGUUGAGGUCAUCGGACUUUCCCAACAACCAGUUACUACUGUCAAAGGUCAAACUAAUUUCAAUUUUUUUCCUGUACAAGUUGACGCCCCUGAAUUUACUGUAACUAAUGUCUUUGUUUUACCUCGAAUUAUGUCGACAAUGCCUAACAGGGUUUUACCAGCCGAGGUACGAGAUCGUUACCGUCAUCUAGUUUUUGCUGACCCCAAAUUUGACCAACCCGCACCAGUAGAUAUGUUGAUUGGAGGAGACUUAUAUCCGUCCGUCAUUCAAUCUAGAGCUGAUGUUAUACACACCGAGGGCUUACCUUCAGCGAUGAACACACAAUUAGGUUGGGUCAUAAUCGGUGCGUUGCAGGAUAGUGCACAUACUCAGCUUACAUCUCUAUCAAUUAGUACAACCCCUCUGUUCGAACACGGCUGA